AUAGGCAAUGUCACGCAAAUUAUAGAUUUUAUAAACUAUGUAUUUCGACCACAUGUAGAAUUUUCACCAGACUCUCCGUACAAGCUAGAUUAUGUAUAUGAUAAAGAAAUUUUAGUUGUUUGGGCUUUUACAAAAAGAUUCGAUAAAACUACAUCUUUAGCAUUUAGCAAAUGGUUGAAAAAGCAAAGCAUCGAUUUUUUAUCAGAAGAGACAGAACGUAAAUUAGUAAAAGGAGACACAGGCGACGAAAAGAUAAGAAGACGCCAUUUAAAUGUUUUGAAUAGCGUAUAUUAUGCUGGCCUUGUGAAAAAGAUUGUAGAUAUGAUACCAAGAUACCAUGCUUAUAUAAACCAAUUGAAAAAGGACGGAUAUCACAUUGUCGGUUAUUGUAGAAAGUCCAAAACACAAAGUAGCAAUCGAGCAAUUAAAUUGCAAAGAAUGGUUGACAUAUUACGACAAAGGUCGCUCGUUAAAAAAAAUUUCGUCUCACCUUCCAGCAGCGUAAAAGAGAGUUUUUAUAAACGAGACUUCAAUGAUCAAGAUAUUUUAUCGGAAUUAGAUGAAAUUAACGGAUGA